AUGCCUUCGAUGCUUGUUGCCUCCUGGGAACACAGGGCGGGUCUGGGCCUGCGCUGGAGAAUGCUGGAAGACAACAUUAUUACUUUUGUCAAGAACGAGCUAAAGAAGCUGCAGAACGAUCUGAAUCCACAUUAUUCAGAGUGUCAGAGGGAUGAAGAGGAGGUGCUGGACAGUGAGGAAGAGAAGCAGAGAAGGAGCAGCAGAGAGGCAUUUCUGAAACUUGCAGUUAACUUCCUGAGAAUAAUGAAACAGGAGGAGCUGGCUGACUGUCUGCAGAGCAAAAAUCCUGAUCCACUUUGUGAGAAUACAUUUAAAUGUAACCUGAAGAAGAAAUUCCAGUGUGUCUUUGAGGGAAUUGCUAAACCAGGACCCCAAACCACUCUAAAUGAGAUCUACACAGAGCUCUACAUCACAGAGGGAGGGACCGGAGAGGUCAACACUGAACUUGAGGUCAGACAGAUUGAAAUGUUUUCCUGGAAACCAAACAGACCAGAUACAACAAUCAGGUGUGAAGAAAUCUUUAAAGCGUCAACUGAAAGAGACAAACCAAUCAGAACAGUUCUGACCAAAGGAGUGGCUGGCAUCGGGAAAACAUUCCUGACACAAAAGUUCACUUUGGACUGGACUGAAGACAAGACCAACCAGGACAUCCAGUUCAUUUUUCCAUUCCCAUUCAGAGAGCUGAAUUUACUGAGGGAUAAAAAGUUCAGCUUAGUGGGGCUUAUUCAUCACUUCUUCACUGAAAUCAAAGAAGCAGGAAUCUGUAACUUUAAAAAGUUCAAAGUUGUGUUCAUCUUUGAUGGCCUGGAUGAGUGUCGACUUCCUCUGAACUUCCACAUCACUGAGAUCCUCACUGAUGUUACAGAGUCCACAUCAGUGGAUGUGCUGCUGACAAACCUCAUCAGGGGAAAGUUGCUUCCUUCUGCUCACAUCUGGAUAACCACACGACCUGCAGCAGCCAAUCAGAUCCCUGCUGAAUAUAUAGAGAUGGUUACAGAGAUCAGAGGGUUCACUGACCCAAAGAAGGAAGAGUACUUCAGGAAGAGACUUACAGACAAGGAAGAGGCCAACACCAUAAUCUCUCACAUCAAGACAUCACGAAGCCUCCACAUCAUGUGUCACAUCCCAAUCUUCUGCUGGAUAACUGCUGCAGUUCUAGAGAGCGUGUUAAAAACCAAACAGGCUGGAGGAAAGCUGCCCAAGACACUGACUGAGAUGUACAUUCACUUCCUGGUGGUUCAGACCAAAGUGAAGAACAUCAAGUAUGAUGGAGGAGCUGAGACAGAUCCUCUCUGGAGUCCAGAGAACAGGAAGAUGAUUGAAGCACUGGGGAAACUGGCGUUUGAGCAGCUGCAGAAAGGAAACCUGAUCUUCUAUGAAUCAGACCUGACAGAAUGUGGCAUUAAUGUCAGAGAGGCCUCAGAGUGCUCAGGAGUGUUCACACACGUCUUUAAAGAAGAGAGAGGGCUGUACCAAGAGAAGGUUUGCUGUUUUGUCCAUCUGAGUGUUCAGGAGUUUUUUGCAGCUCUUCAUGUCCAUCUGACAUUCACCAGCUCUAGUGUCAACCUGCUGGAAAAGGAACAAAUGGCCUCAGUGCAUACUGGAGAGUCUUUAGUACAAAAUUUCUACCAGAGUGCUGUGGACAAGUCCUUGAAGAGUCCAAAUGGACAUCUGGACUUGUUUCUUCGCUUCUUCCUGGGUCUUUCAAUACCAGCCAAUUGGGAUCACCUACAAGGCCUGCAGGCCAUCAGCUCACAGAUAAAUCAGGAAACAGUUAAAUACAUUAAAGAAAAAAUGAAUGGCACUCUCUCUCCAGAGAAAAGCAUUAAUCUUCUCCACUGUUUGAAUGAAUUGAAGGAUGACUCUGUAGUGAAUAAGGUCCAGCAUCACCUGGGUUCAGGACAUCUGUCUAAAGUUAAUCUCUCUCCUGCUCAGUGGUCAGCUCUGGUCUUCAUCCUACUGUCAUCAGAAACAGGUGUGGAUGUGUUUGACCUGAGGAAAUACUCAGCUUCAGAAGAGGCUCUUCUGCAGCUUCUGCCAGUGGUCAAAGCCUGUAAGAAAGCCCAGUUGAGUGGCUGUAACCUCACAGAGAGAAGCUGUGAAGCUCUUUCCUCAAUUCUAAGUUCUCAGUCCUCCAGACUGACAGAGCUGGACAUGAGUAACAACAACCUUCAGGACUCAGGAGUGAAGCUGCUUUGUGUUGGACUUGGGAGUCCACACUGUAUGCUGGAAACUCUCAGGCUGUCAGGCUGUCAGAUCACAGGAACAGCCUGCACCUCUCUGGCCACAGCUCUGCGCUCCAAUCCCUCCUAUUUGAAAGAGCUGGACUUGAGCUAUAAUCACCCAGGAGACCAACACGUUCUCACUCCCAACUCGUCAAAC